GGGUCCUACAUAAUAACCGUAUUGUGGGUCCACUGAGAGGAAGGGGCUCUCUCUUCCCGCGGCUUCGGUCUGGCAAUCCGAAAAGCGUACCGCUAUCUCUCUAAGACGCAGAUAUCCGUCCUUUAACUAUAUCUUGCUGGAACAGGAAGGCAUAUAGUCCGGGGACGACACUGUUAUGUUCCUCACAACAACAGCCCAUGUAUUCCAAGUUCACCUUCCGCCAAUACCUGUUGCUCGCGUUGUCGUUUAUGGCUUACACCCCUUGGACCCGAACCUUAUCCGUCUCCUGCCUCUUCCCAUCAAAGGAGAAACAUUUCUCCUCACACAAUCCCGGGUUUGAACGGUGUGAUUAUGCCCAAAAUCGAUGCCGCAGCUUCGGAGAGACACCGCGGACAGACACAUUAGGCAUCGUGUCUUGUAUUAGCUUCCCACCAAGCUUGUCAUGGUGGAACUGGUUUGCUCGUUCCCCUAGUGACUCGAUUGCCUAUCUCGUAGGUCACGCUCAUCACCAGCGACCUGAAGCCUGAGUCCAUCCCACGCUGUGAAUCAUCGGUCCGUUACCGCUAGGGCAGGUCCGUAACCCCCACAGUGAUACCCGUCCAAAGUGGUAGCAUCGGUUGCGAGCAUGUCGUUCCGUGGAC